CACUGACUCUCCCCAAUGCUGCGUGUCACUUCAUUUCAAAUGGUGGAACAAGCAUGAAAAACCUUGCAAUUUUGGCAAGGGUGGCUUUCUCCAGGAUGUCUCAUCAGCCCUCCUGCAGUUUAUGGAAAUGUUGGAGCAUGCUCUGCCUGUCCCUGGCAUUUUACCAAGAUCAGAUCGACGCAUACUCCGUCACUGCUCCAUACGUAAAGUAUAUAUGUCCAGAAGGGCAGAAUGUGAACCUCACUUGCACCAUCAGUGGAAACCCAAAGGAGCCACACGAACAACUGGCCAUACAUUGGACUUUUACUAAGGAAAGAAACCCAGACUGCAGAGAUCAUGACAAUCACAAAAUACAUCAAGGAGGCCCUCGACAUGGCAAGGUGUUUCACAAAACUCUUAUGAACGUCUCAGAACUGAACAAUGGCGGGUACUGCUGUUUACUGUACGAGACAGAUAAGAAACAUUAUCGACACAUGUCCCACAGUUAUAUAGAUUUUCAGGUGAAAAAAGAUGACCCGAAUCUAAAGACAUGUUUACUUCAUUCACAGGACCAAGCGAAUGAUGGUACAACAGCAGCUGUCUUGGCAAUAGUGGCCUGCGUCAUUGGAAUCCUAUGCUUGCCUCUCAUACUAAUACUGGUUUAUAAACAAAGAAAGGCGGUCACUAACAGAAGAGCACAAGAGCUAGUAAGGAUGGACAGUGAAGCGGGUAAUUCGGGUAUUGAAAAUCUUGUAUUUGAUGAUCCCCCUAUUGGAAAUACUGGGCAGAGGCCAAGACUUGUUUUCAUGUCCAGUCGCCAGCAGUCAGAUUCAGGUCGUCAUCUUCUCUCGGAACCCAACACUCCCCUCUCUCCGCCUGGACCCAAUGAUUGUUUUUUCCCUUCACUUGAGCCAGUACCAGAUUCUCCUGAUCCACUAUAAAUGAAGACCAGAAUACCUGUAACUUUCAGGGGGAAAAAAGACUGUUCUGUUCACUUAUUUGAAGUCUGGGCACUUUGGCAUCUACUCUAGAUCCAACAUUUAUGCAGUACAGAGUUCAGAAAGAAACCAGUUGUCUACUGUAUGUAAAAGGAUUAUUAAACUGGACUGAUAAUCCUAACAUGUCCCAGAUUCUACUAAAUAAAAGGUCAACUUUGCUUAAAGACCUUUCUAUAACGAAUGUCACCAUAUAUGAUAUCUAUUGCCGGUGGUUUGAUGUCAUAGAAGAACACGAUGCACAUAGAUUUAUAGAAUAUACUUUGUAUAGAGAAUUUUUUACUUAUGUUUUUAAAAAGUUGCAUAUGAGACAGAAUAUGUUUCAGGAUAUUCAUCUGUACAGAACUGUUGGAAAAUAUUCGAUUGUAGUCUUAUGUUCUUUGAACCUGUAAAGUAGUUUACAUAAAACUUUUUGAUAUGUCAUACAAACAAAUCAAAAGUUUUGAUUGGUGGGGGCCUGAGUGUGGAGACCCCUACUGAUCACUAGAACAAGGAGAGAAAAGUGCUCACAUUUCUUGUUUCUUGCUGAGGCCCCAGCAGUUGGACCCCACCAAUCAUACACCUAUCUCCUAUCCUACAAAGGGGCAACAGCUUUAAAUCUAAUGUGUAAUUUUCUUAUACUUUGUUACUGCCUGAGAAAAAGAAAGAGAAGAAACCAGUCAACUGGUUUUCAUUUUGAACAAUUUCAGAAGAAACCCUCUAAAAUUAGAAGCAUCUCCUCAGUAACAAGAUUGAUAUGAUCUACUGUUUAAUAGUCCAGCACAUACCAAAUAUUACUUUCUGUACAGAAUCCACAGCUUCCUAUUUUAGUAUAAUUCUAAUGUAUAAUAUGCGUUUGUUAUAGUCAUAUUUUACUUUGGUUUGUUUUUAUGUGUCUUUACAUGCUGUUUUAUAAAGUACCGUAGUAAGA